AAACGCGCGCGUCAGCGACAAGAGCAAAAACAAACCUUCUACCAUUUUUGUCCAUCAGAUAUGUCCCUCCUCUACACAAACCCCAAGCAAAAGCGCCGACAAACCCGUCCUGAACUCACUGACGAGCAAAAGCUCGAAAUCAAGGAAGCAUUCGAGCUAUUUGAUACGGAUAAGGAUCAUGCGUUGGAUUAUCAUGAACUCAAGGUCGCAAUGCGAGCCCUAGGCUUUGACGCCAAAAAGCCCGAAGUCCUCAAAAUCCUGCGAGAAUACGAAAAAGACGGACAGGCUGGUCUAAUUGAUUUCGAAGACUUUAACAAAGUCAUGACGGAACGCAUCCUCUCACGAGACCCCAUUGAAGAAAUCCGGAAAGCAUUCCAAUUGUUUGAUGACGACGGAACAGGCAAAAUCACACUACGCAACCUACGUCGAGUGGCAAAAGAAAUCGGAGAGAAUUUGGAUGAUGAUGAGCUGCAGGCGAUGAUUGACGAGUUUGAUUUGGAUCAGGAUGGAGAGAUCAACGAACAAGAGUUUCUGGCCAUCAUGACAGAUAACAAUGAUUAAGAACCCCGCUUGUACCCUACCACCCAAUCCCCAAACCACAUCGGGGACGAUGUAAAACUCUUUGUAAUAUAGUUUUCGUGUUCAAUAUACUGCACACCCCAAAGGCAAAAAGAAAGAGAUCAUGUAAUAUAAAAGGAACAGCCUAUCCUCUCUACCAAAACCAGUGUAUCCAAAUACAACAUGUACAAACACAAAAUAAAAUAUACAUCAAGA